CGUGGUGGGUGGACUUGGAGAGAGGUCGGUUGAACUCGGGAAGGUUCGGUUAGAUUCGGGCAAGCGACGACGAGCCCAGACGAACCAUGGCGGUAGUCGUGUCGCCCAUAAUCGCUCGUGGCUUUCACGAGGUAACCCACGUUCGCUCCGUACAACUUUGCUUUGCUCGCUCAAAAUCUCGUGUCAUUUAUCUCGUAUUUUAUCUGCGAAAAGUACUCAUUCUCUCUUCUCUCGAAGAAGAAUUGAAUGAAACUACUACUGUUAAUUGAAAAAAAGUGUCGAGCUGUCAAAGCGCGCGCGCUCCUUUUGACGACAGUGACGCACGCCGCGGUAGGGAGGUAGGGAUAAAGAAAUAGACGUAAAGAAGGAGGAUACUUUGUCGCGUCGUGUCAGGCGUCGCGCUGCCAAGUCGUGCAUGCGCGACGCCUUAGCAUUUACCAGAAGAGAUGAUGACCUCUUUGAAAACAUUUAUUUGAAGUGUUAUUUUGUUAAAAAUAAGAAAUAAGAAGAAGAAAGAUAAAAAGCUACACACGUGUCAUCCGUCAUUUGAUUGUGGCUGACGCUGCUUGCGCAGACGCAAUGUCGCUGCUCGAACUGACGUCGAUUCUUUUCCUCGUGUUUGCUUCACCUGCCUCGGGAUACUUCAAUCUUUUUCUCAGUCAGGCAGAAGUACGCAAACUCAUGGGUCUCCAAGCGGAAUUGUUUUACGUGAGAGAAGGUGUGAUCAACGAUUAUGCCAUUAAAUUCGUUGUACCGGUUCCAGCGCAAGUUCACAAAUUGCAUUUCACAUGGCAAAAUCUUGCUGGCAGGCCGCUUCCUUACACGUUGGACGUAGAUAUCAGCAAUCCAUCCGCUCUAAGCAGCUCUCUAAACAUCUCUCAAACAGGCGAGAUGCCGGUCGGUAUUUUACAAACUUGGGCCCUAGCUUUGCACUGUGGUCCAUACGAUGCCGAAGUGAACCUUACUUUACGGAUCAAUGUUUCCGUGUCGAAGAAAAAUACAACGAGUUUAGAAUUUAGGCGGAAAAAGAUCUGCUUAAAAGAGAAAAGCAGCUACACCGGACCCGAGGAGGUUUUAGUCGCUGCUUCUGGUUCUACUUCCAGUGGGCAGGUGUUUUACGCAGCCAUCGGAUGUGCCUGUGCCUUUAUCGCUGCCAUAUGCGUUCUCGUGGUGGCCUAUUACGUUCGAGAUAAGAAGGCCAGAAGACAUAGGGAUCCUUUACAAGAGUCCAGAGGUCUCAGCUCUGCGUGUAGUGUCGAACGAGGUACAGGAGUUGGUCCAGCGCAAACCUUCCUAUCUCCAGAAACUCCACCACCCUCGGCGUCUGGAGCAUCAGCCUCCACUUAUAGAAGAUUAGACGACAGACCUAGUCGAGAGCUGCACGAGAGAAUUCAAGAGAUCACCGUACAAAGAUGCAGGGUGCGUCUUCUCAGCAUAGAAAUGGAGGGCACCUUUGGUCGCGUGUAUAGGGGUAGUUAUCACGAGGAGGGUGCUUCGUCUCCAAGGGACGUUCUAGUAAAAACAGCCGCCGAGCACGCUUCCCAGUCACAAGUCGCCCUUCUUCUACGAGAAGGUUUAGCUCUUUACGGCUUGAGUCACCCAGCACUACUCCCUGUUCUGGGUGUCUCGAUCGAGGACAGAAGCGCACCCUUCCUUCUAUAUCCGCAUACCGGUUACAAAAACAUGAAGAGGUUCUUAUUAAGGUGCAAGCUGAGCAGCGAAGGACCACCGAGAGCCCUUACGACUCAGGAAGUCGUCGAAAUGGCACUUCAAGCUGCCAAAGGGGUUCAGUAUCUUCAUAGGAAACGACUUGUCCAUAAAGAUCUCGCUGCGAGGAAUUGUGUGGUCGACGAUGAUCUACGAGUUCAAAUAACGGACAACGCUCUUGCUAGAGAUCUCUUCCCUCAAGAUUACCAUUGUUUGGGAGAUAACGAGAAUCGACCAAUCAAAUGGUUAGCUAUAGAGAGUCUACUUGGUAAAACGUUUACCACUGCAUCGGACGUUUGGGCAUUCGGUGUUCUCCUGUGGGAAUUAACGACACUGGCGCAACAACCCUACGUCGAAGUAGAUCCAUUCGAGAUGGCCAGUUAUCUUCGAGACGGUUACAGAUUAGCUCAACCGAUCAAUUGUCCUGACGAGUUAUUCGCAGUGAUGGCCUAUUGUUGGGCCAUGUCUCCCGACGAGAGACCUACUUUCGGACAAUUAAUAGUUUGCUUGCAGGAUUUCCAUACGCAAUUGACUAGAUACGUUUAAUGCUCGUACGAGUAAUAGUGAAGAAAUAACAAUAAUAAACUCGUUUAAAUGUCGAACGAAUUCGACUUGGGUAGGGGAAGAGGAAGACGUGUGUGUUCAUGUAUACAUUUGUAAGCAGGGUGAUCAAUUUUAAUCUAAUCGUAAGAGCAUAAGUAUUUCAGUGAAUAAGUACAUAAAAUGAAAUGAAAUGAAAUGAAAUGAAAUGAAAUAUGUGAAACGAAAUUAUGAACAUUCACUAGCAUCUAUUUCAUUUGAUACAAUUCUUAUUUACUUAAAUACUUUCUACAUGAAUUUGUUGAAAUUUUUGGAUCAUCCUGUAUAUAUAUAUAUAUAUAUAUACGUUCAAUAGCUAUCUCUCGCGUUCAAAGUACUUACUAUUGCAAAUUCGCACGUCGUUCACGUGUCGCUUAUUUUACUCGAAAAUCGAAUAACUCGAAUAGUCCAUGCGUUAAGUAUCGAUCCUAUCCAAUUGUCAGCAAGCAUUUCGUCUUUCCUCCGCAUACCAAGCCACGAUAUAUAGCCUACAUAUUAGAGAGAGAGAGAGAGAGAGAGAAUGGGCAUGUAUCGGAUAUCGGAUAAUACUUACAUAAAUGAUGAUCGAAACGUCGUGAUUAGGAAUAUUGGAAAGCGAUCAAUCUUCUUCUAUUAGCGAGAAAUCAAGAGAGUAUUUCAUCAAAAUAAAUUCGAUAGUCUGCUUAUAGCAAGGUGAUUUGUCCAUGUAUGUAUAUAGUAGUGCGCGCAUUGUGCAUUUACGAUCGAUCAGCUUUCUAUCAGCUCGAAUAAGAAGGACAGGGUUUCGAAUGUCGUCAUCAAAAGGGAGGGUUAUGUAGGAAAGAGAAAAUGAAUGCUUCCCUUGCCACGCUAGUCUUUCGACAGUGCCAAUUCUUUUUGUAUUUUUGUACAUACGUACUACUUAUAUUAAUUCUUCGUACGCACCUAUUUCUGUAUAUGUAUAUUUAAUAUUCGCGAUAAGCGUACGCUUCGAAAUUCAACCAGAGGAAAAUAAAAAAAGAGAAUAUAUUCUAUGUAAAUAUACGUAUAAUAUACGUUUGCGUUUAUUGAGUCGAGAGAGUCGAAACGAUCGAAAAUAUUCUAUGCUUUUUAGUAAUAUCAUAGCCAAAUGGCGAACAAGGAGAAUAAUAUUACAUCUUUUACAUCGUCUCUCUUACGACUCGACGAAUUUAUUACUAUAAGUAUCCUUAAGAAUCGCUAUGAAUGUACAAACUCUCUAGAAAUGUUACAAAUCAAGAAAAAAGGAAUAAGUUUAUAAUGUAAAGAGGGGGGAAAAAAAAACACAAAAAAGAAAAAGCGAUACGAUAAAAAAUGAAUUUUUUUCUUUCUACACAUUACUCCAAAAGUAAAAUGUCGUAAAGAUCAUUUCUUCCUCUGAUCCUCUUCUUCCUAUUCUUGUUUCUUUUUCUUAUUCGAAAAGUCGAAUACCGACACCGUCAACCAACCUUAGCUAUUUUCGUCUUCUUUCUUUCGAACGACAAGGGAGGAAAGAAGGAAAUAAGGAAAGGGGAGGAGAAGUUUGGCGACGUUAAAAGUACGACGUUAAGUAACAGAAAGAAAAAGACUAAAAAGGCAGGCGAAGAAGGGUGUGUUUGAAGGAGUUUCCCUUUUCUCGGAAAUCGUUCGUCAAAGGCAAUGCAACUGAGUCCUGUAAUUCAUGCUGAAGCUGAAACUGGGUAUCACCCGGAAAAACGGCAAACGCUGUAAUAAACAAUGUAAGAAUUUUUGUA